AUGAGCUCCCUAAGUCGUCAGUGUUCUUCCACUGAGGUGAAGGCUGCUGUCAACCGCCUGGUCAACCUGCAUCUGUGGGCCUCCUACACCUACCUCUCUCUGAGCUUCUAUUUGGACCACCACAAUGUGGCUCUGGAGGGCAUGGGCCACUUCUUGCGCAAGUUGGCAGAAAAGAAGCACGAGGGAGGCAGCUGCAUGGAGGAGGAUGACACAGGGCAUGGACAGCAGCAGCAAUCUGGAGGUGGAAAGGGCCGCAGUUCCAGGAUGAAGUCCAGAAAGCGUAGCAGGUGCAAAGAAACCUACUCAAUGUAUAUCUACCAGGUGCUAAAGCAGGUGCACCCUGACAUCGGCAUCUCUUCCAAGGCAAUGAGCAUCAUGAACUCACUUGUGAAUGACGUGUUUGAGCGGCUGGCUGGCGAGGCCACCCGACUGGCCCAGUGCUCAGGCCGAACCACACUGACGUCCCGGGAAGUCCAGACGGCAGUGCGCCUGCUGCUGCCUGGGGAGCUGGCCAAGCACACUGUGUCUGAGGGCACCAAGGUUGUCACCAAGUACACCAGCUACAAGUGACCUGGGGCCUAAGCUAAAUAAAGGGUGAACUGCUCUCAUGCACAGUGGUGAUUUCAAAAAUGGACAUGUGAAGUUGAGGUGUGAUUUGGGACAAGCGUAUUAUCACUUUCCCCCCUCUUUUUUAAAAAAAAAUAUAUUUUAUUGAUUUUUUACAGAGAGGAAGAGAGAGGGAUAGAGAGUUAGAAACAUCGAUGAGAGAGAAACAUCGAUCAGCUGCCUCUUGCACACCCCCCUACUGGGGAUGUGCCCGCAACCA